ACUGAACUGUCCCCAGCUGAUGCAACUUCGGCGGCUGUAGAUAACGAAGACAACAUAAAAGUGGUGGAAGGCGGAGACUUUGUGGCUUCUGCUUCUUAUAUUAUUAGGCCUCUUUCUUCAUUUGAUCUGCCCCCUUUCGGCACCCUUGGAGUCGGUGGUGGCUUUUCCUUGGAUGCCAAACUCUGCCGACCUAAUGUAAGUUUUACUUUGGUGAAGCAGGGCAGCCGGAUCUAUAAUUUUUGA